AAUAAAACCGUUUCUGGUAUCUAUACUCCAUACUACACUACAUUGAUAAAUGAAAGUUGCUCUCAAUUGUCCUUAAGGUACGGGAUCUUGAACUGUCCUUUGCAUCCUAGCCGCCCGUGUCUCGUCCCACUUUCUGACACAGGAUUCGAGAUUGGAAAACAUCCACCCACACAUCCAUUCCCCAGUAUUGCAAAACGGCAGCAUAUGCCGUAAACACCUCUCCUUCUGGCUUCCACCCGGCGUCGUUCGCACCAAGCCUCCUUCUCUACUUCCCGCUCGGAAAUUUCACAUACCGCCAUACCUCCCUCACCUUAUCACCCAAACCUGCACCCCGCAGAUCCGGAUAACAAGACUUCCGUUCUGCAUCCUCGUGUCGCCGUACUUCUUGGCGUAGCCAGAGUUUGGCAUUUUCCGCUCCUAUUUUGUCGAUUGCUUAGUAUCGCUCCUGCGAUUUGGUGGGGAUUACGAUGUGCGUUGACUUUUAUGAGAGAGUUAUUGUGGGAUGAGAUGAAUGCUGUAGAAGCAAAGUGGACUAUCGAGAAAAGAUUCAGGGUUACUGAAGUCUUUUUGGCUGUUCUUGUGAGCACAUCUUUAUAACCUAUGCCAUAUGAAACUUGUGUGGAUUUCAUCUCAGUGCUAACACAAAUUCUUGAUGUUAGUGGGUAUGGCCAAAUUCCUCAAUAUGAUUUGAAAGCCUCCACUUGUGUGAUAAAACAGAUUUGUACGAGAACGGAAAAAUCAUGCUAACUUGCGCGGAAAGUGUUUCUCCUCCGCCUAUCUUGCCUUCUUCUUUACAGACUGCUUGAUGUCUAGGUGGUAUGUGAAGUCCUUCGAUAUUCCCAACUUUCUCCAAAGUCUUAGCCCAAAGCUCGAACAUAUCACUAAGCACUUAACAUAUCAGGUUACUUAACUACACUCCUCAAGGUAUGCGGUUAUGUCCAUAUAAGACGAAGGAAAACUUUGAGUAACCCUACCAUUCAGCAACAAUCGUCCGCCUCCUCACCAUCAACUUGAUAAAUGCAUAUACCACAUCAUGGAUCCUGUAUUUGUCAGGCGGCUCAGAAGAUCCACGCUUGCUUCUGCCGGCCUGGGUUUGCAUAGCUAGUGUACGUGCCGUCAUUCGGUAACCAGCAAAAGUGUAGGCUGUUUUUUUUUGUACUUUUUCUAAUCAUGAUGCAGACAUUGACCUUUCUUUACCACUUGACACAUCCACGACUCGCUAUCCGCAAGGAGACUUCCUUAUCGAUUUCCGUCUUCUCAAUAGCAAGUUUCAUUAGCAUGGUCAGUCUCUUGACCCAACUGCACCUCUCAAGAACAGAUCUUCCACCCCUACCCUUGAUUGUGCAUCUAGAGGAGAUCUGGGGGUACGUCAGGAUGGGGUUAAACUUGAUGGCGUAGUACGAGACGGUUUAGCGGAUACACGAGUCACUAAUCACUGGCACGCGGCUCAAAAGGAGAACUGAAACACAAUGGGAACGGAUAGGCCGUGUAUGAUUAGACAUUUAACUAUGUCAUGAGGCGUACCGAAAUUUACAGCCAGGUGCACUAAGUAACCUGAUCUGACUAGUGAAAUAAAGAGAAUGAAGACCCUGCUAAACUAGCAAAGUUGGAGCAUCCAUCUGCAAAGCCCUCCCUUGUAUCAC